AAAGAGCUGCGUUUGCUUACAUUCCGGCAACGAACCGCUGUAAUCGGCAUUUUUCCUUCCCAAAAUGAAGAAAUUGCUCGUGUUUGUUGUACUGUGCAUUCUGAUAAACAACUUAACCGAUGCGAAAAAGUUUAAAGAGGAAGAAAAACCAUCAUGGGCCAAAAAGGACAUACGUGACUUCAACGACGCUGACAUGGAACGAUUGUUGGAGCAAUGGGAGGAGGAUGAUGAUCCACUCGAGCCGGAUGAACUGCCGGAACAUUUGCGACCACCGCCGUCCAUCGAUAUGGCCAGCGUAGAUUCGACGAACCCCGAAAACAUUCUGAAACUAUCGAAGAAAGGCCGCACGCUGAUGACUUUCGUGUCGGUUGACGGCAAUCCAACGCGUGAAGAAACGGAGGAAAUUACCAAACUCUGGCAGACGAGCUUGUGGAACAAUCACAUACAGGCCGAACGUUACCUGAUCGAUGAUAACAGGGCGAUUUUCAUGUUCAAAGACGGCGCCCAAGCAUGGGAGGCAAAGGACUUUCUCGUUGAGCAGGAACGAUGCCUGCACGUAUCGAUAGAAAACAAGGAGUACAAAGGCAAGUCCCACCGAGAUGAGUUGUGAAUCAAUAGUGAGCAGCCGCAUUUUGAGCGUGAAGAUACGCUGAACUCUAUAAAAAAUGGAAUCCAUUUGAUUUUCGGAAAGACUGAAAAUAAAUUUGCAUGAAAUGUGUCGUGAA